AUGUCGCCGACGAGCCUGGCGAACAGGGCGACGCUGAGAGACCGCAACGCACGGCUCCGUCGUGUCCCGCUGCACCGGCGCUUUGCGGCGACUGUCGCCCGUCUCCCUCGUCGCGCCCGGGGAAUCCUCGCCCUCGCCCUUCUCCUGCUCGUCUGGCGGUUCCAUGCAGCGCAUGCGGCGCAUUCUACCACACACUCGCAGUCUUCAGACCUCCGCAAACCACGAACGAGCGCCAAAUCGGUCCUGUUCGUCCCCACUCAGCCUCGACACCCCUCUGCUCGGCUUCACUUCGCCAAUGGCGCCGUUCAAGACGUCUUUGCGCGGACGCUGUUGGAGAACGACUCGGUCAUCGAGCCUUACGAGGACGUUUGGGAGGCAAGCGAGGUCGUGCGGGUGGAGCUGCCAGGCGGUGGAGUGUUACGGACGCAGGAUGAAGCGGGCAAAACGGGUUUGCUGGAGGUGGGAGACGACGGAAAAUGCCUCGGACCGUCAUGCAGGGAGGCUCGGGGGAUCAGGCUGGAGUUAGACGUCGCGGUAGGCUUGCGGGCGCUUCGAGAUUCAGACCCCUCACAACCUGCGAUCCUGAUGUUUCCCUCGGACUUGCCAAUCGGCCCAGCAGACGUCACCCUGGUCACCCAGUUCUCCGUCUCUCGCCUCUCCCGCUUUGAGCGGAUGCUGCAAACCUGGGACGGUCCCAUGUCAGCAGCGGUCUACCUGGUAGACGAGGAAGACAUCCAGACACUCGAUUCGCACCUAUCUUCGCCAACCUUGUCGCCCAGAUGGCAGCGAGUCGCGCUCACCAUCGUCAAGCCCGACUACUCGAUCACCGAAGAUGCGCUGCUCUCACGGCUGCGUUACCCUAUCAACCGACUACGCAACCUCGCCCUCUCGCUCGCCCCUUCGCCGUACACCCUGGUUGUCGACGUCGACUUCGUCCCCUCGCCAAAUAUGCACUCGAUCCUCUCCUCCCGCGCCAUCCCGCUCAUCAACCGCCCAUCUGUGCGCAAGUCGCGCUCGCCGACUCUGCGGAGAACAGCCAUUGUCAUCCCGACUUUUGUUCUCGCGUCCUCGUUCGCUGGCACUUUCCCGACCACGAUCGAAGAGCUCGAAUCGCUCUACACGUCUGUGCCGCAAUUCGCGAGCCUGACCGACGCGAACGCCGGACACGGACCGACCUCGCCCUCUCGCCUCUUCAGCUCGCCGGCGCAAUCCUCCAGUCUAUCCGCCAUCGACCCAGCCUGGUCGUAUGAAGUCUGCUACGAGCCGCAGUGGGAGCCUUACUAUCUCCUUCACCGCGCUUCUCACCCUCUCUACGACGAGCGGUUCACCGAUCAGGGCGGCGAUAAGCAGUCGCACACGCUGCUGCUCAAUGCGCUCGGCUACGAGUUCCGCAUAUUGCGGGACGUAUGGGUCAUCCACCCUCCGAAGACGGAUCGCAAGGAGGAAGAGUGGCCCGCGGCAAGGCUCGUACAGCGUGCAGGAAAGGCGGACGGUAGUGCGGCAGACGUGAAGGGCGCCGAGGAAGCAGGCGAAGAUGCGGACGACCACUUCAACCUUGUCGCGCAGCGCGACGAAACCCGCUUCCGCUACUUCCAGGACUUCCUGCCGGAGAUGGAGAACGCAUGGGGCGGGAACGUGCGGUAUCCGCGAGGAUGUGCGGCGAGAGUGAUGGCAGGUCGAUGGAGCUUUGGCAAGGCGAGAGCAGGAACGGUAUUUGGCUUGUAG